GGAUUUACCAAUGCAUGAGCCAUGAUUUUGUUAAUUUUUUCACUGAAGUCAGUAGUUGUGUAGUACCUCUCUACAAGUACAAUUCCAACUUCAAGCAGCAUACAAACCAACUGUGCCAACAAAAUGCAGAAGCAAGUUGAGGUCAGGAUGGAUGAGAGCCACCUGGGACCAGGGGUAGACCCACCUGAGAAUCCAUGUGGAACCCUCUGUGAUAAGAUUAUGAAGAACAUGGUUCUCACUCUCACCAUCCUUGGUGUGUUUCUGGGUUCCAUCGCCGGAAUGCUUCUGCGGCACAUAUCACCUCUCCCUCCUGAUGUUAUAAUGAUCAUUGCUUUCCCUGGAGAGAUCCUAAUGAGGAUGCUGAAGAUGCUUAUUUUGCCUCUUGUUGUUUCCAGUCUGGUCACAGGACUAGCUGGUUUGGAUGCCAAAUCCAGUGGGCGACUAGGCACCAGGGCCAUGGUGUACUAUAUGUCGACAACGGUGAUUGCGGCUGUCCUAGGAGUGGUCCUGGUGCUGGCCAUCCAUCCUGGGAACCCCAAGCUUAGGGCCAAUCUUGGACAGGGAAAGAAGAACGACGAGGUGUCCAGUGUGGAUGCUUUCUUUGAUCUCAUCCGAAAUCUUUUCCCAGAGAACUUAGUGCAGGCCUGUUUCCAGCAGAUCCAGACAGUAACCACCAAAGUACCAGUACCCACUAACAGGACCAGAGCACCUCCGCAGUUCACAGUCAAAAGGUCCCUUCAGUUCAAGAGUGGGAUGAAUGUCCUGGGUUUAAUUGGAUUCUUUGUUGCUUUUGGAGUUAUUAUGGGGAAAAUGGGCGAAAAGGCCAAGCUAAUGUUGGAGUUUUUCAACGUACUCAAUGAGAUUGUUAUGAAGCUCGUUGGUGCAAUUAUGUGGUAUUCUCCUGUUGGUAUUGCUUGCCUCAUCUGUGGAAAAAUCAUCUCUAUUGCUGACUUGGAGGUGGUUGCAAGACAACUGGGAAUGUACAUGGUUACUGUGAUAGUGGGCCUUAUCAUCCAUGGAGGAAUUUUUCUUCCACUGAUAUAUUUUAUAAUAGUAAAAGAAGACCCUUUCAAGUUCUUCAUGGGAAUAUUCCAGGCUUGGGUCACGGCACUCGGAACAGCGUCCAGUGCUGGUACCUUGCCUGUCACGUUCAGAUGCUUAGAGGAAAACCUGGGCAUCGACAAGAGAGUGACACGCUUUGUCCUCCCAGUGGGAGCUACUAUCAAUAUGGAUGGCACAGCACUUUAUGAGGCUGUUGCUGCCAUCUUCAUCGCUCAGAUGAAUGGCAUCAGCCUCGACUGGGGCCAGAUUGUUACCGUAAGCAUGACAGCUACCUUGGCCAGUGUUGGAGCAGCUAGUAUCCCGAGUGCUGGACUUGUGACCAUGCUUCUGAUCCUAACAGCAGUAGGGCUGCCCACUCAGGACAUCAGCCUCCUGGUUGCUGUCGACUGGCUUCUGGAUCGUUUCCGUACCUCUGUUAAUGUGGUUGGGGACUCCUAUGGAGCAGGCAUCGUGUACCACCUUUCCAAAGACGAGCUUGACACCUUUGACGCCCAGCAGGUCCGGAUGGAUGACUUUGAGAUGGCAAAGACACAAUCGUUCUUUGAAAAUAACACCAACCAGAAUGUGUACGCUCACCACAACUCAGUGUUGAUAGACGACUGCAAGGUCACCAUGGGCAAAAAUGGCAACACUGCAGAGUUCUCUCUUGUUGAGGAAGACCCAUGGAAAUGCGGGUAAAGCAGAUUCAGAUGCCACUGCACCUUACACGAGUAUUACAUUUACUUUCUGCUGACACAACAGCAAAAAUACAAGCAACGACAAAAAGCAAUCAUAUUAAGAAGAAGACAUAAAAGGAAGAAAGCAUUAAGGGGAGCUUAACAGGAGUCGGCCAGAUUUUGAAAAUUCCUUUAUCCAUCUGGGUGACUGAAUGGACCAAAUCUUCACCCUAGAUUAGAUCUUGUGUUUGUAUAACUUCUACACAAACUGUAAUAAACUUCCAUGCACUUGUACAGACAACAUUCAGUUGACAACACUCAGGGCCUUACUUGGUGCUGCUGCAAGCUACCUGUCCUGUCAACGCAAACAAAUUCUUCUACUCUGUGCAACAUGU